UGGUUUAGUCCUCGGAUGGCGGUUGCUAUGGGUGUGAACAAACCGACAGCAGCAACRAUGGACGUCUGUGUUCGGCACGGCAGAAGGGCCACAGGCAACACGGUGAAGGUGUUGGAGUGUGGGGUGUGUGAGGAUGUCUUCUCUCUCCAAGGGGACAAGGUCCCCCGGCUGCUGCUCUGCGGUCACACAGUCUGCCAUGACUGUCUGACCCGGCUGCCCCUGCAUGGUAGAGCCGUCCGCUGCCCCUUUGACAGACAGGUCACUGAACUGGGGGACUCUGGCGUGUGGGGUCUGAAGAAGAACUUUGCCCUGCUGGAACUUCUGGAGAGGCUGCAGAAUGGAGCGUCCAACCAGUUGGGCAUGGCAGAGGAGUCCCUCAAAGGCAUGGGAGAGAGUAUAAUCCGCUGUGACGAGGACGAGAGCCACACGGCAUCUAUGUACUGCACGGUGUGUGCCACCCACCUGUGUGCCAACUGCUCCCAGCUCACCCACUCCACCCGCACCCUGGCCAAGCACCGGCGGGUACCCCUGGCAGACAAGCCCCACGAGAAGACACUGUGCCCGCAGCACCAGGUCCACGCUAUCGAGUUUGUCUGUCAGGAGGAGAUCUGCCAGCCUGGGCCGCUCAUGUGCUGCGUGUGCAAAGAGUACGGCAAGCACCAGGGACACAAGCAUGCGGUUCUGGAGGCAGAAGCCAAUCAGAUCCGUGCAUCCAUCCUGGACAUGGCCCACUGUAUCCGGACGUUCACAGAGGAGGUGUCGGAGUAUUCCAGGAAGCUGGUUGGGAUCGUACAGCAGAUCGAGGGAGGAGAACAGACAGUGGAGGACGGCAUCAGCAUGGCACACACUGAACAUGUCCCAGGCACGGCAGAGAGCGCCCGGUCCUGCGUACGGGCCUACUUCGCCGACCUCCACGAGACGCUGUGCAGACAGGAGGAGAUGGCGCUCAGCGUAGUGGACGCCCACGUCAGAGAGAGACUCAUCUGGCUCCGGCAGCAGCAGGAGGACAUGGCCAUCCUGCUUUCCCAGGUCUCCACUGCCUGCCUGCACUGUGAGAAAACACUGCAGCAGGAUGACUGCAGGGUGGUUCUGGCAAAGCAGGAGAUCAACAGACUGUUGGAGACUCUGCAGAAACAGCAGCAGCAGUUCACUGAGCUGGCCGACCACAUCCAGCUAGACGCUGGUAUCCCCGUCACRUUCACUAAGGACAACCGGGUCCACAUCGGUCCAAAGAUGGAGAUCAGGGUGGUGACCCUGGGACUGGAUAGUGCAGGGAAAACCACCAUCCUCUUCAAGCUGAAACAGGACGAGUUUAUGCAGCCCAUCCCUACCAUAGGUUUUAAUGUGGAGACAGUAGAGUAUAAGAAUCUCAAGUUCACCAUCUGGGAUGUUGGUGGGAAACAUAAGCUACGACCUCUCUGGAAGCACUAUUACCUGAACACACAAGCGGUGGUGUUUGUGAUUGACAGCUGUCACAGAGACAGGCUGAUGGAGGCCCACAGUGAGCUGGCGAAACUGCUGACUGAGAAAGAGCUGAGAGACGCCCUGCUGCUCAUCUUCGCCAACAAACAGGAUGUCCCCGGGGCUGUGUCAGUGGAGGAGAUGACGGAGCUUCUGAGCCUUCACAAACUGUGCUGUGGGAGGAGCUGGCACAUCCAAGGCUGUGACGCCCGCAGCGGCACAGGGCUCCACGAGGGCCUGGACUGGCUGUCCCGACAGCUGGUGGCUGCAGGCGUACUGGACGUGGCCUAAACCUCCCCUGAUGACUGACUUCUGUUACCCAGUCUCACCCAUUAUCCUCUUACCCUAAAACUACCCCAUAAACCAUUGAUACCCGAGAGACCAGUUUCACCAAAUACCUACCUAAACUUCUUACCUGAUGCUUGACUUAAAGGAGAAACAAUUUGUUUGAGAUUAAGAUAUAUAUAUAUAUAUCUCAAACUUAUUUCAAAUGGACCCAGUCCUACCACAGUAUCAUCCCAUAACCUGCACCCAGUUCCACUUCAGUCCUACCUCAAAAUCCCAUACCCUUCACCCUCAUACUCAGGCCCUAGUCCUAUCUUAUACCCUACAUCCCGGACCCCAUAGCCUACAUCUCUGUUCUACCUACCACACCCACUGUUCCCACCCCUAACCUGUGGAUAAGCUUAUAAUCUAACCCAUAGCCAGUGAAGCCAUCAUUAGUCUGAAUGCUUUGUGCUCUGCUCUGUCUUGGCUAAAAGGUAUGCUAAUUAACCAGGCCAGGAUAUAGGGUUUCCGUCAAGCUUAACUAACUAGACUACACAUUUCCAUAUCGCCUCAAUGAAGAUCGUAUGAGGUKGUUMAUUUCAUGGCGAAACUCCAUGUUGCAGAUGUUUUUCCUUUGGCUAACCAGUGUGCAGUUUGAUAUACUAAACAAAGGUGAAAUAAUUGAGUACAUAAGUCACUUAAGCCCUGACAAAGUGAAAAGUAUCAGUCUUAUACUGUAUUAGCAAAUGUCUAACCAAUAACCUGUUCAGUCUUGCGCAAAAUAUGAAUAUAAGUUGGAACAGCACGUUGACAACUGUCUGGCAUUUAACGUCUCCCUAAGGAGCUGCUGUAUUCUCUAAAACUAAAGCAGGUAUUCACACCCUAUAAGACAUUUACACACACAGGUCAAUUAGUUUGGUCACAGGACUAAGUGUGUACAUCCCGUGACUUUUCUACUCUUUAGGGCUUUACACACAAACGUUUUAUUGAAACGAAUGGUACAAUAUCCUGAAUUUGGCUUUAUGGCACUGCCUUCAUGUCAUGUCUUAACAGGAAUUGAUGGCAACCUAUUAUGGUCUAGAAUGUAUUUAUUUGGGGGGUGGUGUCAUCUUCGGUACCAAUGCACUUGACUGAUGUAAUGCAGCAUCUGGUCUGAAAAUGACAAGCGGUUAAGGUUUGGGUUCAGCUAUUAUUCACUUUGGUUGAGAAGUGUCUGUUACAUUAAAUAAUGCAGUUUACUGACAUCUGUUUUGAUCAAUUUUGAGUUGAUUGAAACAGACUUUGCUGAGAUGUUGUAUCUCUGGUGAAACAUCUGCGCGAUAUUUUUGCCUCCUGUUUUGUGGAGUUKUUUUGUGAAGAAUGCAUUGGUGCAUGUGGGUUGUGUUCAGGACGGUGCAACGUUGCACUUGUUGCAGAUAAAUGUUUAGAGCUGACAUGAUUCCUUCAUUAAUUGAGAGGAUGAUUUUCACACUUUAUCUGCAUGUUCCAUAAUGUUGUGCCCUACUGAAUGUGACCCUGGCUUCAUUUGAAACCAAAUGAAAAAUAAUAUCUGCUGUCGACUAUAGGACUCCAGGUUUUGAGUUCUGUAAUAACAUUUAUUMGAUUUUCUGUUUUAGCACAGUCUGAAUUUUUAGUAACAUACUACAUUACCCACCUGUAGUAACACCCUUUCAACGCCUCUUGUUGUAUCGCAGAACCAUCCUUUGGUUCGAAUUAACUUUCCUUAUUGCUAUAGUGUUUACUACUUCUUGUAUGUUUAAAAAAAGGCACAUGUGAAGAAGCCUUUCCCUCUACUCUUAACAGAUCUCUUGAUUUGCGAAAUCUUCCAUUUCUGAUGUGAUUUUGAAACGUUUAGAAGCACAGUGCACAUUUGUUACUCGGACUUGAUGUUUUUUGUAAAUGAWUCAUAAUGCGACGCUAUUAAAUAAAAACAAACUGAUGAAUGUC